AUGAGCCCACCGCACACCAUGACGUCCAACGAGGUCUAUCUGCUGCCGCUCAACGACGAUGGCUCGCCUCAGGUGCCGGGCGAGUACAUCUAUCUGGCUCCCAGGUCCAAUGAUGCUAUCACGAUACGCUUUGCUAUCGAGGGUACCUCGUCCAUUUGUCGUCAUGGCAGCCUCUGGGUCAACAUCCCCGACGAGGGUCAGGAAUUUCGUCGCGACAAAUUCCGCGAGUACAAGCUCACGCCAGACUUCAAUCGCACACUCGAAAUCUCCAUUCCCAUUCACCAGCCUGGAGCCUAUGCCUUCUACACCACCUAUGCCGAGCUCCCCGACCUCAAGAAAGAGCUAGAAGCCAGCUCUGACCAGAAGGAGAACCUCAAGAAGACCCCUCUGUACUACAUCGAUGUUGCGCCCAGACUCAAGCUUGACGGCAGGCCGUUGCCGCUGCCCGCCCUGUCAAUCUUCUCGGUUAUCAGCAAGUUCAUGGGCAAAUAUCCCAACGACUGGGAGCGUCACCUCGGCGGCAUCAGUGAUCGUGGCUACAAUAUGAUCCACUUCACUCCUUUACAGGUGCGCGGAGAGUCCAACUCGCCCUACAGCUUGUACGACCAACUUGGCUGGGACCCUGCCUGUUUCCCCAAGGGCGAGGAGGACGUCCAGAAGAUGGUAGACAGUCUCGAACAGAACCAUUCCCUUCUCAGCUUGACCGACAUCGUGCUUAACCACACAGCAAACAACACCAAGUGGCUGGAGGAGCACCCCGAGGCCGGCUACAACCUCACUACGGCUCCCUGGCUGGAAUCUGCUUACCAGCUUGACACGAAGCUCCUGGAGCUGAGUGAGAACUUGGAGAAGCUUGGAUUGCCAACCGAGCUCAAGUCCAGCGAAGAUCUGCUCCUGAUCAUGAACGCAAUCAAGACAGAGGUUGUUGCCAAGAUUCGGCUGUGGGAAUACUACGCCCUCGAUGUCGACCGAGACGCCGAUGCGACGGUCGAAGCUCUCUCCAAGGGAAGCCUAUACGCCCCCGAAGACUCGGACGAGUUUGAGAAGCAGCUCCAAAAGGUCAAGGCGGCGCCGGUCAAGGACCAGGUUACCUUUAUGAGAGAGUUUGGUUUGGCUGGUACAGAUCGUAUGGGAGAGCGUUUCCGCAGAAGAGUCAAGCCAGAUGUCGCUGCAAGCUUCUUGUCCUCUGUUUUAGAGUCCCCUGAUGAUGCCACAGCAAGAGCCAAGAUUGUCGAGAUCCUGGAUAUUCUCAACGUGGACUUUUACAAGGAGUACGACUCCGAAGUGGACGAUAUCCUUCAGCAAAUCUUUAACAGGAUAAAAUAUGUCCGACUUGACGAUCACGGCCCCAAGCUGGGUCCCAUCAACGAGGCCAACCCCCUGAUCGAGACAUACUUUACUCGACUUCCUGCCAACGCUACAACAUCCAAGCACAAGCCUGAAGACACUGCUUUGGUCAACAAUGGGUGGGUUUGGGGUGGCAAUGCGCUCGUUGAUAAUGCGGGCCCUGCUUCGCGAGUCUACCUUCGUCGAGAAGUUAUUGUCUGGGGCGAUUGCGUCAAGCUGCGAUAUGGCUCGAGCCCUGAAGACAACCCCUGGCUAUGGGAGCAUAUGACCAAGUAUGCUCGCAUGCUGGCCAAGUACUUUGCUGGUCUUCGCAUUGACAACUGCCACUCUACCCCUAUUCACGUCGCUGAACACAUAUUGGACGAGGCCCGCCGGGUGCGACCAGAUCUAUAUGUAGUCGCCGAGCUGUUCACUGGGUCUGAGGAGAUGGAUUACGUCUUUGUGAAGCGUCUCGGCCUCAGCUCUCUUAUCCGUGAAGCUAUGCAGGCGUGGAGCACGGGCGAGCUCAGCAGGCUUGUGCACAGGCACGGUGGCCGACCUAUUGGCAGCUUUGAGGUUGACGAGGUCUCCAAGUCAGACAUUCGCACGCCUUCGGGAAGUCCUACGAGCCCGAAGGCCAGUGACACCAACGGCGCUGGACCCUUCUCCAGAGAGAUUGUCCGAACAGUCAAGCCGAGCCCUGUACAUGCCCUGUUCAUGGACUGCACGCACGACAACGAGACACCAGCUCAAAAGCGUGAUGCUCGAGAUACCCUGCCUAACGCAGCCCUUGUCUGCAUGUGCUCAAGUGCCACUGGCAGUGUUAUGGGCUAUGACGAGAUCUACCCGAAGCUCGUCGAUCUGGUGAACGAGACUCGCCUCUACACAUCAGCAUCGUCUGGACCCAAGCCUAUUAAGAUUGGAGGUGGCGAGGAUGGCAUUGGCGGAGUCAAGAAGUUGCUCAACCAGAUUCACACUCUAAUGGGCAAGGAUGGUUAUGAUGAGACUCACAUCCAUCAUGAGGACCAGUACAUCACGGUCCACCGAGUCCACCCCGAGUCCCGAAAGGGCUACUUCCUGAUUGCUCAUACCGCAUUCCCCGGCUACGGCAAUGGCAACGGUGCCUUUAGUGCUGUACAUCUCACUGGCACCAAAGCCCGCCAUCUUGGAAGCUGGAUGCUUGAGGUUGACGCCAGCGAGGAGACAACCAAGCGAAUCCUCGAGGACAAGAAGUACCUGCGUGGCCUGCCCAGUCGAGUCAAGGACCUGCCAGGAAUUCGGAUGGAGAUCAAGGGCGAUGACACCAUCAUCACGGUGCGCGACAAGUUCCCUCCAGGAAGUAUUGCACUCUUUGAGACGUGGAUCCCAGCGGCGGAGCACUCUUCGGGUCUGGACAACUACGUCACCUCGGGAGCCAAGGCUGCAUGGAAUGAGCUCAGCCUGUCUGACCUCAACUACCUUCUGUACCGAUGUGAGGCUGAAGAGCGAGACGAGAGCGAUGGCCGGGAUGGUGUAUACGAUAUCCCCGGACAUGGAAAGCUCGUCUACGCGGGUCUUCAGGGAUGGUGGAGUCUCCUCAAGGACAUUAUCCGAGACAACAACCUGGCUCAUCCGCUGUGUCAAAAUCUGCGUGAUGGCCAGUGGGCAUUGGACUACAUCUUGGCCCGACUACAGAGAAUUAGUGCCAUUCCCGGAAACGAAGCCCUUGCGCAGCCUUUAACGUGGCUGAAGGAGCGGUUUGAUGCUAUCCGGAAGAUUCCGAGCUUCCUGCUCCCUCGUUACUUUGGCCUUGUCCUGCGUACUGCCUAUAUGGCCAGCUGGGAGAGGUCUCUGGAGCUCAUGAACGCGAGUGUGAGAGAUGGGCAAUGGUUCUUGCAAAGCCUGGCCAUGGUUAGUGUCCAGCAGGUUGGCUAUGUCAAGUCAGCAUCUCUGUGGCCUAACAAGCUGGUGCCUUCUCUUGCCGCUGGCCUCCCUCACUUCGCCGUGGAAUGGGCAAGAUGCUGGGGGCGAGACGUCUUCAUCUCUCUUCGCGGUCUCCUCAUCGGCACCGGCCGUUUCGAUGAUGCCAAGGAGCACAUCCUGGCCUUUGCGAGCGUGUUGAAGCAUGGCAUGAUUCCCAACCUCCUUAGCAGUGGCGAUGCGCCUCGGUACAACUCUCGAGAUUCGGUCUGGUUCUUCCUCCAGUGCAUCCAAGAUUACACACGAUUUGCCCCUGAGGGCGUUGGGAUCUUCAAGACCAAGGUCAAGCGUCGCUUCUUGCCUUACGAUGACACUUGGUUCCCCACCGAUGACUCGAGGGCGUAUUCAAAGGAGAGCACUAUUGAAGAUGUCAUCCAGGAGGCGCUUCAAAGACAUGCUUCAGGUAUGAAGUACCGAGAAGCCAACGCUGGUCCACAGAUUGAUUCUCAGAUGAAGGAUGAGGGUUUUAACCAGGACAUCAAGGUCGACUGGGAGACUGGUAUCAUCUUCGGAGGCAACCAGUUCAACUGCGGCACAUGGAUGGACAAGAUGGGUGAAAGCGAGCGUGCUGGUUCCAAGGGCGUUCCUGGAACUCCCCGUGAUGGCGCUGCUAUUGAAAUCACGGGCAUGCUCUACAGCACUCUCAACUGGCUAGCCGGACUCCACGAGAAGGGCCAGUACGCAUAUGGCAGUGUGGACAAGUCUGAUGGUAGCUCCAUCUCGUUGGCUGACUGGGCAGGAUUGGUCAAGGCCAACUUUGAGCGAUGCUACUAUGUGCCCCUGUCACCCGAAGAUGAUUCCAAAUACGACGUCAACACCCCUAUCGUCAACCGUCGCGGAGUCUACAAGGACCUUUACAAGUCGGGCAAGGAGUACGAGGACUACCAACUACGCCCCAACUUUGCCAUUGCCAUGACCACGGCGCCCGACCUGUUUGAUCCCGAUCACGCCAUGCACGCGUUGUGCCUCGCUGACGAGGUCCUCCGAGGCCCUCAAGGAAUGGCCACACUGGAUCCUGCAGACCUCAACUACCGCCCAUACUACAUCAAUAGCGAGGACAGUGAUGACUUUGCCACGAGCAAGGGACGAAACUACCACCAGGGACCUGAGUGGAUAUGGCCUACGGGCUUCUUCCUCCGAGCUCUGCUCAAGUUUGACCUCAAGAGGCGGACGACGCCUGAGGGCCGCACUGAGGCUUUCCAGCAGGUUACUCGACGCCUUAGUGGGUGCAAGAAGAUGAUUCGGGAGAGUCCCUGGGCCGGUCUUCAGGAGCUGACCCAGAAGAAUGGAGAAUACUGUCCAGACUCGAGCCCCACACAAGCUUGGUCGGCUGGAUGUCUCAUCGACUUGUACAUGGAUGCCGUGGAGGAGCAAAAGUAG